AUGGAAACAAAGAGAGACGAACAUGGUAGAGCUACGGAAAUCUGCAGAAGCUUAGAGGAAAAAUGUUUGCCAUUUGAAGAAUCCUUUGAAUUGUUUCGGCAAUGUGUGAAGGAGGAAGUUCUGAAUUCUCAUCCAGAAAUUCCAGAGCUCGCUAAAACUGUUGCCAAAGAGUGCAAAGGUUUGCCGCUUGCAUUGAUCACUAUUGGAAGGGCCAUGUCUAAUAGGAGAAAACCUGAAGAAUGGCGGUAUGCAAUCAACACACUGCGGAGUCAACCAUCUGAAUUUGCAGUUAUGGAAAGUCAUGUCUUCCGAGUUUUGAGGUUUAGUUAUGAUAGCUUGAGGGAUGAUAAACACAAAAGUUGUUUUUUAUAUUGUUCCAUGUUUCCAGAGGAUCAUAUGAUUAGAAAAGAUGAAAUUAUUGAACUAUGGAUUGCGGAGGGAAUUUUACAUGAUAUUGGUUUAGAGGAUGCAAGAUAUGCAGGAGAGUUUAUUAUUGGAAGUUUGAAAAAUGCAUGUCUAUUGGAAAAGGUUGGAGAUUCUGAUGAUUAUGUUAAGAUGCACGACGUCCUUCGUGAUAUGGCUCUGUGGUUAGCUUCGGAAAAGGAGAACAAGAUUUUUGUUUUUGAAAAUCAAGAAUCCAUUAAAAAACAUGGGAUUGCUACAUGGAAGGAGGCAGUAAGAAUAUCACUAUGGGGUGGAAGUGUUAAACUUUUCAGAGAAACGCCAUUUUGUCCGCGUCUGCUAACUUUUUUGGUUAGACAGACUGCAGUUGAGACAUUUCCUAGUUCAUGCUUUCAAUCUAUGCAUGCCAUGAAAGUUUUGGACUUGUCAAAGAAUCUUUGCUUAACUAGGUUGCCGGCGAUGCUUGAAAUGAUAAAUUUGCAGUAUCUUAAUUUGUCGGAUACAAACAUACAAGAGUUGCCAAUUGUGGCUAGCAGUUUGACAAAAUUGAGGUUCCUGCUCUUAGAUGGAACGACGGAUCUUAAAGCCAUUUCAGAAGGAGUGCUAUCAAGUCUUUCAUCACUACAAUUAUUCAGCAGAGUACCAACUAGAAAUAGCCAGCUGAACUUUCAGCCCUUUUGGAAUACAACCUUGUUACGAGAGUUGGAGUGCUUGGAAGAAAUAGAAGAAAUUAGUGUCACCUUGUUUACGGUCGAUGCCGUAUUUCAAUUUAAAUCAUCACCCAAGUUACAAAGUUGUGUUAAAAGGUUAGUAAUCAAGUGCAAGCAGGGCAAGGAGCUGCAUUUGGCCGAGACAUCCUCUUCAGUUCUAAGUAUGGGCUGUUUCGAUAAUCUUCAUGAUCUCUGUAUCAAGAUGUGUUUGGUAAAAGAUUUGGCAUGCCUUAGAUAUGCUGCAAUGCUUCGAUUUGUUUUUGCUGCUGACUGUCCCUUAUUGGAAGAAAUAAUUCCGUAUGAAUUCAGCUCUUCAUCCGAAGACUCUACCAUGUUUAAAAAUCUGAAGCAAUUGAAUUUUCGUAAUCUAAAGAGCAUAUGUCGUGUCAUGCACUUCCCUUCCCUGGAGAGGAUACAUGCAGUUAGAUGCCCAAGUCUAACAAAUCUCCCACUCGACCCCCUCAGUGAGAAUAACAGCAGAAUUUUGAUAUUUGGACGUCGAGAGUGGUGGGAUAAGCUGGAAUUUUUGCUAAUUUUUGUCCACUCAAACUCGUUCCCAAGUUUUCAAUAA